AUGAGUUCUGCGAUUCCCGAUACUUUCGUCAUUAUUCAUGAUUCCCCGCUGGUAGACCAACGAUGCUGGCCACAGCCUGUUGAUAGCUAUAUGUUGGAAAAACAAGUUCUAGAAAUCCCGUCUGCGAAACACUCUCGUGACAUUGCCGUCUCGCCUCUCCCCGAUCUGCUCAUCAGCGGUAACCGGACAAAUUCAAGCGCGCUUCAUAUGAUACGAUUCUCUGGCCCACUUCUGCCUUGGACAGGAUUCACCACUGCUGUCAAAAAUGCCUACGAUACACAGCAGUGGAGUAGGCGGGUGAUUCAGAUCAGCAUUGAAGCCAGAGAUCUCACCAAUGAGAAGAUUUUUGUCGGAGAUGAAGCCGGAGUUUAUGCUCAAUUCCAGCAAGCUGCUAGAUAG